AUGGAUAAUGGUUAUCAUACCCAAGCAGUCCUACUAUUUAGGGUGGUUCAGCCUGUUGUUGCUACAAAGCCUGGGGAGAGACCCGCUAUGUUAGAUGAUGAGUUGAAGAGGUUGAGAGGUUCACCAAGUUGUUUCCCACUCACUUUAGUGUGGAGUCCAACAAAGUUGAUUUCACGGUAUUUCAGAUACAUGGUUUUGCCAAGAGGUGGUGGCAGGUCUUGUGUUGUUACUAUUAAUAGUUUUGAUGCUGUAGUUGAUCUUUUGUUGUUGAAUAUGAUUGUGACUUUGGCUAUGUCGGGGUUACCUAGAUUAGAGUGGAGAAGGACCCAUGGUCACUCCACUAUCACGAUGGUUUCAUAUUAUAAGGCUCAACGUAUGGUUGAGAAGGGGUGUCUGGCAUAUUUGGCUUAUACCCAUGGUUCUAGAGCGGAGGUUCCUUCUAUGGAUUCGGCACCGUUGUGGCUCAGUUUCCUAAGGUGUUUCUUACAAACUUGCUGGCCUAUUUCUAUUCCAUUGUACUGCAUGGCUCCAACUGAGUUGAAAGAAUUGAAGGAUCAGUUGCAAGAUUUGCUUGACAAUGGAUUCAUUAGACCGAUUGUCUCACCUUGGAGCAUGAUGGGUGCUAAGGUGUUUUCCAAGAUUGAUUUGAGAUCUGGAUACCAUCAGGUGAAGAUUAAGGCAUCAGAUGUUCCUAAGACAACUUUUAGGACUCGAUAUGGUCACUACGAGUUCUUGGUGAUUUCAUUUGGCUUGACUAAUGCUCAAUCCUCAUUUUUGGAGCGCAUCAAGGCUCGCCAAUUUGAUGAUCCUUACUUGUUGGUGUUGAAAGACACAAUGCAGCGGGGUGGUGUCAAGGAGGUUUUGAUUAGAGAUGAUGGUGUUAUGCGGCUUCAGGGCCAAAUUUGUGUUCCUAAUGUUGAUGGGUUGAGAGAGUUGAUCCUCGAGGUAAAAGUGAUUCGGGAGUGGCUUUGUACAGCUCAGGCCAGACAAAAGAGUUAUGCGGACCGGAAGGUUCGAGAUGUGGCUUACAUGGAAGAGGUACAUUCAGUAUUUCGCAUUUCUAUGCUUCGGAAGUACUAUGAGGAUAGGUUGCAUGUUUUGGACUUUAACACUUUGCAGCUUGAUGAGAAUUUGACCUAUGAAGAAGAGCCGAGAGUUAGUCAAGUGGCCUAUAAGCUCGAGAUACCUCAAGAUAUGUCCUUAGUACACCCAGUGUUUCAUGUUUCCAUGUUAAAGAAGGUAGUUGGAGAUCCAUCUCUCAUUGUUCAGGUGGAUGCUUUUGAGGUUAAUGAGGAGUUGACCUACGAAGAGAUUCCGGUUGCCAUUCUUGAUAGAAAAGUUUGGAAGUUGUGGAAUAAAGAGAUUGCCUCUGUGAAAGGGCUAUGA